AUGGCCCACCCUCAGGAGCACCUGAGCUGCUCCUCUUCUCCACACUUACUCUUGAGUGAAAACAAAACCUUCAGUGGACUAGAAGAUGGCCUCUCAGCUAUGGGGAACCACCCUUCACCCAAGCUCCUUGAAGACCAGCAGGAAAAGGAGGUGGUGCACACUGAGCUGAUGGAGAGCAUGAACAGCCCCGUCACCACAACAGUGUUGACAAGCAUAAGUGAGGAUUCUAGGGACCAGUUUGAGAACAGCGUUCUUCAGCUAAGGGAACAAGAUGAAGCAGAGAUGACUGUGUCUCAGGGGAACAGCAACACCGUGGACGGAGAGAGCACAAGUGGAACUGAAGACAUCAAGAUUCAGUUCAGCAGGUCAGGCAGUGGUAGUGGUGGCUUUCUUGAAGGACUAUUUGGAUGCUUAAGGCCUGUGUGGAAUAUCAUUGGGAAGGCAUAUUCCACUGAUUACAAAUUACAGCAGCAAGAUACUUGGGAAGUGCCAUUUGAGGAGAUCUCAGAGCUGCAGUGGCUGGGUAGUGGAGCCCAAGGAGCUGUCUUCUUGGGCAAGUUCCGAGCGGAGGAGGUGGCCAUCAAGAAAGUGAGAGAACAGAAUGAGACGGAUAUCAAGCAUUUGAGGAAGUUGAAGCACCCUAACAUCAUCGCAUUCAAGGGUGUUUGUACCCAGGCCCCAUGUUAUUGUAUCAUCAUGGAAUACUGUGCCCACGGGCAACUCUACGAGGUCUUGCGAGCUGGCAGGAAGAUCACACCUCGAUUGCUAGUAGACUGGUCCACAGGAAUUGCAAGUGGAAUGAAUUAUUUGCACCUCCAUAAAAUUAUUCACCGUGAUCUCAAAUCACCUAAUGUUUUAGUGACUCAUACAGAUGCAGUAAAAAUUUCAGAUUUUGGUACAUCUAAGGAGCUCAGCGAUAAAAGUACCAAGAUGUCCUUUGCUGGCACAGUUGCAUGGAUGGCACCAGAGGUGAUACGGAAUGAACCUGUCUCUGAAAAAGUCGAUAUAUGGUCUUUUGGAGUUGUGCUUUGGGAACUGCUGACAGGAGAGAUCCCUUACAAAGAUGUAGAUUCUUCAGCCAUUAUUUGGGGUGUUGGAAGCAAUAGCCUACAUCUUCCAGUUCCUUCUACUUGCCCUGAUGGAUUCAAAAUCCUUAUGAAACAAACAUGGCAGAGUAAACCUCGCAACCGACCUUCUUUUCGGCAGACACUCAUGCAUUUAGACAUCGCAUCUGCAGAUGUACUUGCCACUCCACAGGAAACUUACUUCAAGUCUCAGGCUGAGUGGAGAGAGGAAGUAAAAAAACACUUCGAGAAGAUCAAAAGUGAAGGAACUUGUAUACACCGAUUAGAUGAAGAACUGAUUCGAAGGCGCAGAGAAGAGCUCAGGCAUGCUUUGGAUAUUCGUGAACACUAUGAAAGAAAGCUUGAGCGGGCUAAUAAUUUAUACAUGGAACUGAGUGCCAUCAUGCUGCAGCUAGAAAUGCGGGAGAAAGAACUCAUCAAGCGUGAGCAAGCAGUGGAAAAGAAGUAUCCUGGGACCUACAAACGACACCCCGUCCGUCCAAUAAUCCACCCCAAUGCCAUGGAGAAACUAAUGAAAAGGAAAGGCGUGCCUCACAAACCUGGGACGCAGGCCAAACGGCCAGAUCUGUUGAGAUCUGAAGGUAUCCCCAGUAUGGAAGUGGCUCCCACUACAUCCCCUUUGUCUGGAAGUCCCAAAAUGUCCACCUCAAGCAGUAAGAGCCGAUAUCGAAGCAAGCCACGCCACCGCCGAGGGAAUAGCAGAGGCAGCCAUAGUGACUUUUCAGCAAUCUUGAAACACCAGCCAGCCCAGGAAAAUUCACCCCAUCCCACUUACCUACACCAAGCUCAAUCCCAGUACCCUACUCAUCAUCACCAUAAUUCUCUGCAGCAGCAAUACCAGCAACCCCCUCCUGCCAUGUCUCAGAGUCACCAUCCCAGACUCAAUAUGCACGGACAGGACAUUGCAACCUGUGCUAACAACCUGAGGUAUUUUGGCCCAGCAGCAGCCCUGCGGAGCCCGCUCAGCAACCAUGCUCAAAGACAGAUGCCUGGCUCUAGCCCUGACCUCAUCUCCACAGCCAUGGCAGCAGAUUGCUGGAGAAGCUCUGAGCAAGACAAGGGCCAGGCUGGCCCCUGGGGCUGUUGUCAGGCUGACCCUUAUGACCCCUGCCUCCAGUGCAGGCCAGAACAGUGUGGGUACUUAGAUAUCCCCUCUGCUGAGCCAACGGGGAGGAGCCCUGACCUUUCCAAGUCACCAGCACACAAUCCCCUCUCAGAAAAUGCUCAGGGUUCUGAGAAAAUGGUAGAAAAUGAAUUCAAUGGCUGUGGGUCUGCCUCACCCCUUGGCACCCCUCACCACAUCACCCCCCCAGUGCUACCUCGAAAAACAAGGCCCCUUCAGAAGAGUGGAGAUGACUCCUCAGAAGAGGAAGAAGGGGAAGUCGAUAGUGAAGUUGAAUUUCCACGAAGACAGAGGCCCCAUCGCUGUAUCAGCAGCUGCCAGUCGUAUUCAACCUUUAGCUCCGAGAAUUUCUCUGUGUCUGAUGGUGAGGAGGGAAACACCAGUGACCACUCAAAUAGUGCUGAGGAGUCAGCUGAUAAACUUGAAGACCACCUGGCGGAGAAGCUAGACGACCUGCUGUCCCAGACGCCGGAGGUCCCCAUUGAAAUAUCCUCCCACUCAGAUGGGCUCUCUGACAAGGAGUGUGCCGUGCGCCGUGUGAAGACACAGAUGUCUCUGGGCAAGCUGUGUGCAGAGGAACGUGGCUACGAGAACCCUAUGCAGUUUGAAGAAUCGGACUGUGACUCUUCAGAUGGGGAGUGUUCUGAUGCCACAGUUAGGACCAAUAAACAGUACAGCUCUGCUACUUGGUAA